GACUUGAUAACAAAUAUUCAAUACGCUACUCCAGUACAGACUGUCUUAUCUGUACAGUCAACAUGGGAUCCGUGUAUAGAUUUGUACUGCUGUCAGCCGUAGUUGCAGUCCUUAGUGCUCAGUCUUGUCCUGGGGGCUGGUAUCACCACGCUACAUCUUGCUAUGCAUUCAUUGAUGCGGAACCUCUAGGCUGGGCAGAAGCCAUGUUCUAUUGCAGUACCCUUCAUGCAAACUUAGUUCAAAUAGAGAGCUCCUCUGAAAACAACUUCCUGAAAAAUCACCUGUUUGCUGCUAAAACUAACGCGACAUAUUGGAUCGGUCUUACGGACGCGUUGGUAGAAGGCAAGUACCUGUGGCAGACGACUCAGGAUGAUGUAAAUUUCGUAGACUGGGCACCAGGUGAACCAAACGACGUUGCACACACGGAGGACUGCGCUGCUCUCUGGUUCGGUUAUCAUUACCAAUGGAAUGACGCGUUUUGCGCAAACCGUUACGACUUCAUCUGUGAAAGAGAGAUGACAGAACGACCAAACAUUAUUGGCUGAGACAGGAUUUGUGUAAAAUGAAUAAAUAAAUAAGCAAAAUUACAAAAACAAACAAA